AUGAACAGCAUCAUAGGCGCGAUGGACGCAGCGACGGCGGAGACGCUGCAGACGGCGUACUCAGUGAUGCUGCUGGACGACUACACGCACACGCUGGACAUGCUGCCGACGGACCUGUCGCGGCAGUUCGCGGACCUGCGCGAGCUCGACGCCGUGCUCUCCUCUGCCGUGCAGCUCCUCAUCGCCAAGAUCGACGCUUUUUUGCUUCUGCUCGCCACUCCCACGGCCAGCCUCGACGACGACGAACGUGGACGACUGGUGAAAGACCGGCAGAAGAUGCUGGCCGAGAUCGCGGACGACGCUGCGCGGCUAAAACUGGGCGGCGAGGACAAGAUUCGGGUCGCGUGCCAGGCCGCGGACCAGCUCCGGGCGCACAGGGAACAGAUGGCCCUCGAGCUCAGCCAGAUUCCCACGUUCGACACCGCCGCCCUCAGCCAGAAGACCGUCUACCCGCACAUCUCGGACCGCACAUACCCGCCACUCAACUACAACGACGGCAACGGCCGGAGGAGGCGGACCGGCAACUUGCUCGCGAACCCGGCCGCGGACGGUGGGAAUGCGAGCAGCAACAAGCGGAAGCGGCAGAAGGACGACGACGACCAGGCUGGCGCGAGCACCCCGCGCAAAGGCACGACACGUCUUGAGCCCGCACCGGCAAGGAGCAAACCGGCGAACCGUUCACGCAAGAACGAACGUGCCCCAUCACCCACAGAAUCCAUCCUAUCCGUCACCUCCCAUCAACAACCUGCAACCAGCAGCUCAACCGCCCCAAGAAACGCCCGCAAUAACGGCGCUAAGCCCAAAGCGAACGCACGGCCCCCUGUGCCACCCGGCGCUUCCCAUCCAUCACUACAACAGAAUGUGGGCUGGAGCGAAGGACGCGUACUCGCAGGUCCAGGAGUGGCCGCCCCACCGACACCCCAACCCGAGCCCGCGCAGAAUGACGACAGCGCCGAGGUGGACGAAAGGAUAUACUGUAUCUGCGAACAGCAGAGCUACGGCGAUAUGAUCGCGUGUGACGCCGAUGACUGUGACAAGGAAUGGUACCAUCUCGUAUGCGUGGGCCUGACCGUCGCACCCGAGGGCAAGUGGAUCUGCGAGGAGUGUCUGGGUAAACAACAGAAGAGCCGUGGCGGACAACGCAGUCGUAACACGAAGGCUCGCAAGUCAGGUGGAGGCGGCGGCGGUGCACGGAAUGGCCGAGGGGGCAACUCGGCGGGUUGA